AUGGAGCAGUGCGCUUGCCUCUGCGGCGUGGGCUCUUCGAGGGGCUCUUCGCGGGGAUGUCGGUGUCCUCAGAAGCACAAGCGCCCAUCUGAGACAGCAGCGGCCAAGGGCAAGGGGUGUAGUCAGGAGUGCCAGGGCCCAGCUGAGAAGGCAGCAGCCGAAGGCAAGCCGGCCCUAGCAGAAAAGCACCUCGAGGCGGAAGCAGCAGCGCGGUGCUGUGCGGGGAGUGGAGGAAUCUCGAGCCCCAUGCUGCCCCCGCACUGCUCGCUGCAGGGCCUGCCUCCCGAGCUGCUAGUGGAGAUCUUCGCCUCGCUCCCCGGCACCGACCUGCCCAGCCUGGCCCAGCUAGAUACUGAGGACUAUAGAACACUGCUGAAUGUCGUGGUGGAUGGCUUAUGCAUUACUGGUUGGACGUGCUGGCCUCCCCUUAACACCGAUGUGGAUGGCCCAAUGGAAUUCGAGCCCUUGUUUAGAAUUCGCCUGGCGGAGUGGAAAUUAGCCCUGGUGGAGUACUACAUGGACACCUUCUACAGAUUUUCCCACAAAUGCCACCUGCAGAUUCAGAAGGACAGGUUUAGCAUCCAGUGGUUCAAGAGAGACCACCGAAAGGACGGACCGCCAUAUCACUGCCUGACCUACCGCCGCCUCUACCUCCCGCCGAGCCACUCGGAUGACCUCAUCAGGCCAGGCCUCUUCCAAGGCAAAUACGAUGCCGGCGGCCAAACGAUUGCCAUGCUCAGCUUCCAUGGGAAGUAUGCCAGGUUCACAAAGAUCCUUAGCUCUUCAGCCGCUGACGAGGUAACAGCUCAUCUGGCUGCUGCAGGGCCUGUGGGAAUGGCUGCCGCCGCUGCUGUGGCAACAGGGCAGAAACGGAAAUGGCCUCACGUGUUUGAGCGGAAUCCAUCCAUCCGGAAGAGACAGAAAACACGCAUGCUUCGCAAACUUCGAGCCAUGUUAGAUGAAUAUACUACUCGCGUGGGGCAGCAAGCUGUUGUGCUCUGCAUCUCACCCUCCCAACCCAAACCGGUCUUUAAAGUAUUUGGGGCAGCACCGUUGGAGCAGGUGGUGCGUAAGUACCAGGGCGUGAUCCUGGGGGACCUGGAGUCCGCCCUGGCCCAAUGCGCCCCCGGGCCGCAGGAGGGUAACUCGGAGCUGCCACCUCUCACCAGCGACGGGAUUCCAGUCUCUGUGAAUCAAAUGACCCAGGCCCAGCUGCGGGCAUUUAUCCCAGAGAUGCUCAAGUACGCCACGGGUCGGGGAAAACCAGGCUGGGGCAAAGAAAGCUGCAAGCCCACCUGGUGGCCUGAAGACAUCCCGUGGGCCAAUGUCCGGAGGGAUGUCCGCACGGAAGAGCAAAAGCAGAGGGUUUCAUGGACCCAAGCACUCCGGUCCAUAGUUAUAAACUGUUAUAAACAGCACGGACGGGAGGACCUUUUAUGCGCUUUUGAAGAUCAGCAAACACAAGCAGAGGCUGCAACCACACAGAGUAUAGCCCAUCUUGUUCCAUCAGGGACCGUAGUCCAGACCUUCAGUAACCCCGAUGGCACUGUCUCACUUAUCCAGGUUGGCACAGGGGCAACAGUAGCAAUGUUGGCUGAUGCUUCAGAAUUGCCAACCACAGUCACUGUUGACCAAGUGAAUUAUUCUGCUGUGGCAGAUGGAGAGGUGGGACAAAACUGGGCCACGUUACAAGGAGGUGAGAUGACCAUCCAGAGGGCGCAAGCUUCAGAGGCCACACAGGCAGUGGCAGCUUCGCAGGAGAUGCAACAGGGAGCUACUGUCACCAUGGCGCGCAACAGUGAAGCUGUCGCCACAUUGGCCGAAGCCACCUUGCAAAGUGGGGGACACAUCGUCCUGUCUGGGGAAACCGCAGCAGCCGUUGCAGCACUUGCUGGAGUCCAAGAUGCUAACGGACUGGUCCAGAUCCCUGUGAGCGUGUUCCAAACUGUGCCUGCAAUCCCUUGGGUAACCAGCCUCACUCAAGGCAACGGGCCGGUGCAGGUGGCCAUGGCCCCUGGGGACACCAGGACAGCGGGUAGCACCCCUGCCAUAGAUGGCCAGGCUGUGGAAAUGGUGACGUUGGGACAGUGA